GGACUUCCAGGUGUGCGUCACCAUCAUCGAGGCGCGGCAGCUGGCCGGCCUCAACAUGGACCCCGUGGUGUGCGUGCAGGUGGGCGACGUGCGCAACUACACCAGCGUCAAGGAGAGCACCAACUGCCCCUACUACAACGAGUAUUUCGUCUUCGACUUCCACAUGCCGCCCAUCAUGCUUCUCGACAAGAUUAUAACACUAUCGGUGCUGCACUCCAGGCGCCUGCUGCGCGCCAACAAGCUGCUGGGCAACUUCAAACUCGACGUGGCGACCGUGUGGAACCAACCUGAUCGACAGUUCUACCACAAGUGGGCGCUGCUCACGGACCCCGACGACGUGGGCGGCGGCCCCAAGGGCUACCUCAAGUGCGACAUCAGCGUGAUAGGCAAGGGAGACACCAUCAAGGUGCCGCCUAAGAGCGAAAAAGAUGAAGACGAUAUCGAAGCAAACCUGCUUCUCCCUGACGGAGUGUCCAUCGAGCGGCAGCGUUGCCGGUUCAUCGUCAGGAUCCACCGUGCAGACGGCCUGCCCAAGAUGAACUACUCAAUCCUAGCCAAUGUCAAGAGAGCAUUCACUGGCGAGAGUCAUGACCUCGUCGACCCUUUCGUACAAGUUUCGUUCGCUGGAAUGAAGGGCUGUACAACAGUCAAGAAGAACAGCAACAACCCGCUGUGGAACGAGCAGGUGGUGUUCACGGAGAUGUUCCCCCCGCUCUGCCAGCGCAUCAAGAUCCAGCUGCGCGAUGACGACCCCGUGCACCCCAACACCAUCGGCACGCACUUCAUCGACCUGAAGACCAUCUCACACGACGGCGAGAGAGGUUUCCUGCCAACAUUUGGACCGGCCUAUAUCUUCUUCUAUGGCUCCACACGCGACUACAGUCUGCUGGACCAGCAUGCCGACCUCAACAUGGGGAUCGGAGAAGGAGUGUCCUAUCGAGCGAGAAUGCUCAUAUCGAUUCGCACAGAAAUCAUGGACACCGUCGCGAUACCGGCUUCUCAGGUUGAAAUCGAACCUGUGACUCCCAUAAACGAACAAGCGUUCGAGAAGAACGAGGAAUUCUUCCUGUUCGCGGCCAUGUUCGACGUCAACAUGAUAGACAAGAGGUUGACGGAGAAGCCUAUACAGUUCGAGCUGAGUAUCGGUAACGCUGGAAAUUCAUUAGACGGACACCACGAAUCGGUUAGGAGACCCCAGGACUUGGCGGUCAAUCUAGACGAGGUGACCUCUGACAUCGGGUACUGGCAGAGUACGACGCAGGCGGUGAAGGCGACGUCCAGCGACAAGGCGUACUACUACCUGCCCUACUGGGACAACAAGCAGUGCAUGCACGUGCGCAGCAUCUGGCCCGACCACCGCCGGCGCAUGUACAACUCCAACCUGAUCGCUAACAUCAUCGACCUCUUUGAGGAGGGCCUGUGCGACGCUCAGAGCGCAGCCGAGCAGGACGGAGGGCCGGACAGCACUUGCGUGGCGGCCGCCAAGGCCAUGAUGGAGGCCGUGAGCGUGGCGUGCGCCAAGUACGUCGCGCGCAUGUCCAGCGCGCCGCCCAUCGGCAACACCAAGCUCGACCGGGAGCGGCUCAAGCUGUGCAUAUCGGAAAUAGAACAAAUCAGCGCUCUGACGCGCAGCCUCAAAGCUCUAGUAACCAAAAAUUCUCUGAAGGACAGACUGCGCACCGCCUUCACCUACUUGAGCCGACUCAAACAUUUGUGCGAAGAUGCACAACCCUCAAUGCCAGAUAUCUUCAUAUGGAUGAUAAGUAACGGCAAGCGCUUGGCAUAUCAAAGGAUUAGUGCUAGGGACCUCAUAUUCUCGGAGGCUCAAGACGAGGCCGGGAGACUAUGUGGAAAAGUGCAAACGAUGUUUUUGAAGUGGCCCGGGAAAAAAGCAAGCUUACCGAGUGGCUGGGCCAUACCGGCCAAGAUCAGCAUGUACGCAUGGCUCGGUGUCCUCCAAGACAAGCGGCAUUUUAUUGACAACCUUCCCAUAGGAUACGAACAUAGCUCAGAAAUUAAAAAUGCUGAAAAGUUAAGGGCGCACCCCCCGUCAGUGCUAUUCUAUGCAGAGAGACAUAGUUUUCAAAUGAGGGCCUACAUUUACCAAGCGAGGUCCUUAAUAGGCUCAGAUUCAUCGGGUCUGUCUGAUCCUUUUGCAAGAAUAAUGAUUGGAGACUGCUCCGGCACUACUCAAGUGAUCGACGAGACCUUGAGCCCCACGUGGGACGAGCUCAUCGUGUUCAACGACGUGCUCUUGUACAGCACGGUCACCUACAUCAAAGCUAAUCCACCGACUGUAGUGGUGGAAAUAUUUGAUCAAGACAAAGUGGGCAAGUCCGAAUACAUAGGCCGAACUCUAGCUAGGCCCGUCAUAAAAUCUUACGAAGAAGUAUGCGACAGCAAACAGUUCCCACCUUCUCUCGAAUGGUUCGAAGUCUCCAGAGGCGAUUCUAAGGCUGGUGAACUUUUAGCAGCAUUCGAGCUUUUAGAAAUACCUAAGAAACAAGACGCAUCGGUAUUGCCCGAACUACCACCACCUAAAGAAAUUACCGGAAAAGCUCCGACUGAUGUUAAAAAAGAUAUAGUUUAUCCAGUGCCGAUGGGGAUUCGCCCAACUCUCUCGAAAUAUAGACUGGAAGUGCUAUUUUGGGGCUUACGAGAUCUAAAACGCAUCCAUUUGCUCACUGUGGACAAGCCUCGGGUGGACAUCGAGUGCGCUGGAAACAUUAUAUAUUCAACGGUGAUCCAGAAUGCAAAGCGUAAUCCGAACUUUGCUUACCCGGUCAAGUACAUGGACGUAGAACUCCCCGAUCAGGACCUGUACCGGCCCCCUCUCACUAUCCGCGUCGUAGACUGCCGCAGCUUCGGAAGGAUCACGCUCGUCGGGACGCACACUAUCAACUCCAUUCACAAAUACAUCUACACGCCGAUGAGCAAACGCGAAAGAGAAAUAGAGGAACGUAAAAAGUCACUGAUUCAACUGGAAAAUGUGGACUUGCGCGCUAAUUGCAUCAUUCAAGAUGAUGUAUAUGCUGUGGAGAAUGAAAGGGAAAGCUGUCCGCUGCUGGCUCGGGAAGGACGCCAGGCGUACGGCUCCGGAGCCAAGCCCGUGCGGAAACAGCACAGUGCGAAGGGAGAAGGCGCCAAAAGGAAGGCCAGUGCGGAUUCAGCUAUCGAUGAUGAUGAAACUACGAAGGAUUGGUGGACCAAAUAUUUUGCCUCUGUCGAGCUGAUGAUCGAAGGAGAGAAGGAAAAUAAGAAAGAACGCCAAGGCUAUUUGCAAGAGGCGUUUAUCGGUGAAGUAGGCUCCCCGCGUGAGGAAGCUCCCGGCCUGCACCAGGAGGCCGACCGUCCCAAGCGGCGGCCUUCGCGCGUACUCACCGCUAAUUUGACACAUACGCUCGUGAAAAAGAAUGAAAUUCCUAAGUCGGCUUUGACUAAGAUAUACCCACACGAACUCGAAGCCGUACCGGAGUUCGAGGAGUUCAAGGAGUGGCUUCACUCGUUCGAGUUGUAUCGCGGCAAAAAGACCAACGACGAGCCCGAAGAUGAUAACCGAGUGGUCGGCGUAUUUAAGGGCGCCAUUAAAGUUUACAAAUGGCCACUACCAAGAGGAAUCGAUGACCAUACAGUCAUGGGCUUCGAUCCCAACCAUGGAUUUUUCCAAGGUGUCCCGAAUAACGAUCCCAUACAUGUUUUAGUACGUGUUUACAUCGUUAAGGCUACGGGUAUUCACCCGAUGGACUUGAACGGCAAAGCUGAUCCCUAUAUAGUUCUGCAUCUAGGGUCUAAAAAGAUAAGCGACAAGGAGAACUAUGUCUCGAAGCAGCUCAACCCAGUUUUCGGCAAGUGCUUUGAAAUCGAGGCGACUUUCCCACAAGAUUCCAUGCUGACGAUCCAGGUCUACGAUUGGGACUUGCUGGGAGCUGACGACCUGAUCGGGGAGACUAAGAUCGAUCUCGAGAACCGGUUCUACAGCCGCCACCGGGCCACGUGCGGACUACCCAUCAAAUAUGAGGAGCAAGGCUACAACCGCUGGCGCGACGCUAUGAAGCCCACACAAAUCCUGGCUAAGCUCUGCAAGGACGGCAAGCUGGAUCCGCCGGUCUACGAAUACGGACGCGUCAGGGUCGGCCGCGCCGUGUUCAACAUGUCGAUGGAUGACGAGUUGCUCUCCAACCCGGAAACCGCGGAGGAGCAGAUGGCUCUGAAUGUACUUCGGCGAUGGCAGGAGGUGCCGCGCGUGGGCUGUCAUCUCGUCACUGAGCACAUAGAGACCCGAUCCUUGUACAAUCCGAGCAAACCGGGAAUCGAACAGGGUCGACUUGAAAUGUGGGUGGACAUGUUUCCAAUGGACAUGCCCCUGCCCGGCCCUCCGCUAGAUAUUUCAGCUCGCAAGCCCAAGUCGUACGAAAUGAGAGUCAUCGUGUGGAACACUGACGACGUAGUGCUGGAAGACGAUGAGUUCUUCACUGGAGAGAAGAUGUCGGAUAUUUACGUGAAAGGGUGGGUGAAAGGCCCUGAAGACUGUCAAAGCACGGACAUCCACUACCGCUCUCUGACCGGGGAGGGCAACUUCAACUGGCGCUUCGUAUACCCGUUCGACUACCUGGAGGCCGAAGAGCGCAUCGUGAUCUCUCGCAAGGAGUCGGUGUUCUCGUGGGACGAGACGGAGUGUAAGAUACCGGCGCGGCUCGAGCUGCAAGUUUGGGACGCGGACCAUUUCUCCGCCGAUGACUUCUUAGGGGCAGUAACUCUAGACCUUAAUCGGUUCCCACGCGGGGCCAAAUCUUCAAAACUGUGUACGCUGGACAUGCUGCGCAGUGAUGGUUCGGUCCCGAUGGUGAACAUUUUCAAGCAGAAGCGUGUGAAGGGCUGGUGGCCUUUCUAUAUCAAGCGGGACACUGAAGAGAUGGAACUGACGGGCAAAGUGGAGGCGGAGAUCCAUUUGCUGACCAUAGAGGAGGCCGAGAAAGUGCCAGCUGGGCUGGGACGGAGCGAGCCGGAUCCCUUGGAUAAACCGAAUCGGCCGGACGCUUCAUUCAUGUGGUUCCUGAACCCCCUGAAGUCGAUCCGCUACAUCGUGUGGCACAACUACAAGUGGGCCAUCGUGAAGUACUCCGUCGUCCUCAUCGUGGCCAUCUUCAUCUUCCUGCUGGUGUACAACAUUCCCGGAUACACCAUCAAGAGAUUCCUCGGAGCUUAACACUUAGUACUGACGAUCGCUUACUCGUACGAUUAGUUUUAUAAUUAAACAUACCUAAUUACCACCAAUAGUAAAAAUGCAAUAAAAAAAAGAAAACUAUGGGCAGACGAAAAAUUUUCACGGACACAAAAAUUUCAGGGAUAGACACAUAAUUAUUAUUAUCACAUAAUAUGACGACGCACCUCGAACAGACGAAACAAAAGCACAGAUCGACUAACCAAUAUUUUCACGGAUAUAAAUGAAAAAAUAUUAAGGAUGGAUUUAAUAUUUUAACAUUAAUAUAACUAAUUACCACGUAUAGUAAAAAUGUAAUUAAAAAAAGAAAACCUCACAUGACAGAUGAAAAAUUCUCACGGAUACAAAAAUUUCACGGAUAGACACAUAAUUAUUAUUAAAUAUACGACGCGCCUCGAAUAGACGAAACUAAAGCACAGAUUGACUACCUAAUUAAUAUUUUCACGGAUAUAAACGAAACAAUAUUAAGGAUAGAUUAUUAUAUUUUGACGGGUAGACGGAAAUUUAUCACGGUUACACAUAUCACGGACUUACUUAUGAUAGAUAGACAAAUUGUAAAUAUUAUAGUAUAUACGUCGCAGGCAUAUCGUAGAAUUUCGCCCUUUACAAACGGUGUUUACAAACGAAAAUAAAACGUAGCAGUAGAUGUGAUACCAAUAUGCCGAACACAAGUAGUAAGAUUGUACUCUUGCAAGCCGAAAACGCCGGCCAGGUUAGACUUACUUGUAUCUUCAUUUUUUCCAUACCGAUAUAAAUCAAAACCGAGUUGAAAUAAAUACAAAAAUAAUCAUACUUAGAAUGUGACGUGUAACGAAAAUGAAAAUUAAAAAUACUGUUAUUAAAAAUUAUAAAUAUAAUAAACUAUUUUUUUAACGAUAUAAU